AUGACCGAUGGAGCUCAUCGCAAGGCCUGUGAUGACGAUACCCAGGACCUUAUACCAACAAUGAAGGGACUUCAGAGUCCUCGUGACGCUGCAUUCAAACCCAUCAACAUUAUCAAGCGGGUAUCAGAGCAUCGACCAGUAACGGUGGCUGGCCCCAUGGUCAGAUACCUGAAGCUCCCCUUCCGAGAAACCUGUCGCCAUUUCGGUGUAGACAUCGUGUAUACACCUAUGAUUCUAGCACGGGAAUUUGUCAGAAAUGACAUGGCUCGGCUCUCUGACUAUACUACCAACCAACGCGAUCAAUGUGUGGUGGCUCAAGUGGGUGCAAAUAAUGUUGAAGAUUUUGUACGUUUUUGCGACAUGAUCCACCCAUACGUCGAUGGUGUCGGUCUCAACUGUGGAUGUCCGAUCCGAGAUCAAGUUAGAGAGGGUAUUGGAGCGGCAUUGAUGACGAAGCCUGAAUUAGUUGCUGAUAUGGUGCGUGCGGUGAAGACCAAAUAUGGCGAUAAGCUUUGUGUUGAGACUAAAAUUCGCAUUCACUGGGAUUUAGAGGAGACGGUGAGGUUUGCUAGAGGUGUGGAGGCAGCGGGUGUCGACUACAUCACGGUGCAUGGUCGCACAAAGAACACACGCUCGCUGGUUCCAGUGAAUCUUGAGGCAAUUAAAUUGGUCAAAUCAUCAGUUUCGGUGCCUGUGAUAGCGAAUGGAGACUGCUUUUCCGUAGAGGAUUGCCAGCGUAUAGCCGAGUACACUAAGGUUGAUGGAGUGAUGUCAGCACGAGGAGUCUUAGCCAACCCGGCGUUAUUCGCUGGCUACAAAGCUACUCCUUGGAGUGCGAUCGAAGUACUUUUGGAUGCGGCGUUGGCGUACGGGCUCAGUUUCCGGUUACUUCAACAUCAUGUGUCCCAGAUGGCAGAUAAACUUCUUCCUAAACUGUACAUGCGCCAGCUUCACAGCCUCAAACUGAAUAUAGAGCUAAUAGACUGGCUCGAUGAACAUUUCAUUGUGCAUAGAAAGCACGAUCCGGGGUUUGGUACAGCAGUAGCGGUUCCAUGGCGUCCUGGGAAAGAACCGCAGCCAGAGCCGGAAUCACAAGGCUGA